AUGGGCCGGUUACUUGCGCCGCUGGCAGUGCUCUCGGCCCUUACGACACUGGCGAGCGCUGGCCUCCAAAUCACGAGUCCGAAAGCGGGAGCUAAGCUCACAGCUGGCGAUGCGCUCAAAGUGGAGUGGAAAGAAGCUGGCAGUGGGCCAGGCGUCGAUGACCUUACCACAUACGAGGCGUUUCUGUGUGCAGGACCCAACGAUCCUGGGAACGCCAAUACAGUUAUCUAUCCUAUAACGACAUCGGGCAAUUUCGCAAAAGGAGGAAGUUCGGCAGAGGGCAAGAUCCCCGCGACGGUGGGUGGAAAUUCACCGUCAAAUGCAUACUACGUCAAAAUCGUCGCCACUGGAGCCCAGGGGGGCACUUACACAGUCUUCUCGGAUCGCUUCUCCUAUACUGGCAUGACCGCCUCGUUCUCCGCCGCCUUCACCGCCGCCAUGAAAGAUGUCACCGGUACCGAUGGUCCAUCAACAGUCGACACAACCGUCAAAGAUGCGGCGGAUGCCUCGAGUGUGGCAGAUGAUGAAUACGAGGUGGAAUAUACAAUGCAGACCGGCGCCACUCGAUAUGCGCCGAUGCAGCCUGUACCUGGGACGAAGAUCACGGCCAAAACGGCGAAGCCACAAUACCCGACGAGCUCCGUAAAGAUAGCGACAACGAACCUGCCAAUUCCGAGCAUACAGACAACGAUUACGCAGAGUCAGACACACAAGGUCACCAGCAUCGAGAAUACGGUCGCUGCGGCUCCUAUGCCUUCAGACGAUAUGGCCAAGUUUUUGAGGCGUUGGGAAGACUAG